AUGGCGGACGCACAGGCGGUCGAGGCCAAGGAGCUCUCUCUAGUCGGCAAAGUCGAGAUGCGCAUCGCCUUAGCCAGCUCAGAAAAGAAACUAGAAGACUUGCUGAAGACAUACCUUGCCCCGCUACUCUUGAAACUCGGCUCAGACCAUGUAGCUGUGAGGAACAAGGUCAUCUCCAUUUGCCAGCAUAUCAACACUCGCAUCAAGUCACAAGACAUCAAGCUUCCGGUUGGACCCCUUUUGAAGCAAUACAAGGAGAAUCCAGAUGUUGCCUUGAUCCGUCACUUCGACAUUCUCUACAUCCAGCAGGGCAUUUCGCGACUAACCGUAUCCGAACGGCUGGAGCUCCUUCCCAUCCUUCUCCAAGGCAUUGCAAACGAUUUUGAAAAGUCCACACAGCAUGCCUCGCAGCUUUUCCACUUGAUCCUACGGCUUCUUGUUCAUUUCAAGCUCCCACUACGCGGCAGCAAGGAUGAUGAUGAACUACGGGCUACUUUGGGCCUGAGCGACGAAGAUGCUGCCUUUCUAUCAACGUGGUUCGGGAAGCUACUGUUGUUCCAAAUUGUACGGCCGAACACCCCAGAAGCGGCAGCCUCACUUCGAUGCCCUGGAUUGUCCGUAGAAGACUACAAGUUCCUUACACAACAAGGCAAGCCGGAUGCGUGGGAUCCGAGUUCUGACUCUGGCUUGAACUUGACUGAGUCAAAGGCGCUCGUGGUGCGCUUCCUGGCCAGUGGUUUGUUCAAGGAAGAUGAGAAGUUCUAUCCGGCAUUGUUCGCUUCCUCGGACACAAAUUCACGCAUUUCCGAAGUCGGAGAAGACACCCUAAAGCGAGUUAUCUUGACAAAGGAUCUUGAGGAUGCGAAGCUUGUAGAGACAUUGCUCGAACUAUACUUCGGCUCAUCUGAGCCUGAAGGAAAGCUUCCAGUCAAGACACCGCUGAAGAUACGAAUUUUGGGUAUACUCUCAAAAUCGGUGAAAUCUUCAGCAUACCCACAUAAGAUUGCCAAAAUCGUCGAAGAAGGACUUCUGUCAGCCGAACUGAAUCCAAUCAAUAAGACCGCUGGACGAGAAGCUUCCCGAUUUCGGCAAGCUAUCUUUUCUCUCGUCAACUUUGUCGCACGGCGCGGAGCCCCAGCCGAUCUUUCAGUCGUUGCAGUAGGGCUGGUGGACAACUUGAGAGCCUUUAUACGGGACCAGGGCUGGCCUAUCGCAGACAGAGACCAGGACAUGGAACUCAGAGGAUACGGCUAUGAGACCAUUGGUCUUCUUGCGAAGGCCGCCCCUGAGAAGAUACUCAUCGAACCAUCUCUGGAUCUGCUCGAAUUCUUGUUCCGUUCACUCCGAGAAGAUACUGCAGGAAAAGACGUCGCUGUCAGCAUAGAAGAGGCGCUUUCCUCGGUGCUAGGCGCCUUCUCAAAAUCGUUUGAUCCGUCUGUCAUGCCAGCUUUCCGAAGAUUAUUGCUCCGAUGUCUCCCUUACGAUGAUGUCUUGGCGAGAUGGAUCGACAUACUGGCUGUGAGUGGAGGCUCUGCAGAGAGACACGAAGUCGUAGAAGAAGGACAACGUGGACUUGAUCCCUACUGGUUCAAGAUGUCAAAUACUCUCCCAGGCGCGAUUGAAGAGCAGAAAGACCUAGUCUUCCCAGACUUUGACAAACUUGUCAGAUUCAUCUUCGUAGAGCAAGGCGAAGACGAAGACGCAAUGGAUGUCGAUGAGCCUAUCGACGUCCUAGGACAGGUCCAGCUAUUUAGCCAACAACACCCGGAAGCGCUCAAUACUGUAAUAACCUACUGCUCUCAGAUAGCUUUGCAGUCGGCAUUGACUGAGCGAGGAAUUGGGGAUACUGUGGCGGAAGACUGGGGACGAAAGCUGGAGAGUCUGAUGAUUACAGAUGCGCGUGCGCGUCAAGCGUUUCGUGCGUAUGCCACCAACGAAGCACAUGCAAAGUCCUUGGCCGCAAUAUUGAGAGCCAGCUUUGAUCGCCUUGUCAAAGAUGAGCUCAGCGAUGUCGGCGAUAUCGGAACGACUUUUGUGCGAUUGCUGUCUCUACUUCCUGAGCAACACUGGGUACUUGCACGACUCAUACAAGACUUCACUGCUCUGCAGCCUUCUGUAUUGGCGAACAACGUCAAUCGCCGCGCUGCCGCUGCUCAAGCUUAUGGCUUGCUUGCCUCACAUAAUGACUGCGACCAAGAUGCUCUGCGCAAAUCCCAGGCUCGGUUCUCCGACAAAUUGAGCACAUGGAAGGAGGCGGUAGGAGGCGAGAUCAACCAAAUUAGCGGUAUCAUCGCUGCCCUCGGUUACUACUUCAGUAGAGCAUUCUGGAGAAGCACCGCCAGUUCAGACAUCAUCACAGAAGACCAUCCGGUGCAUAAACUCUUCCAGACUCUCAUGGACAUUCUGAAAGAGUCGAGAGAUGCAACUCUAAAGGGAGCUGCUCACACGUGCCUGGACCAACUUGCCCUUUUCCACGUUAUUACUCCUACCUCUAUCUCCAAGUACUCCAAGGUCGAAGAGAUUGCUCAACACGUGUAUGACUCUGCCAAGACGGGCACGACAAGCGCGAUUAUCGCUCUGGGCCAUCUUUCUAUGAUCACCGAAGAGCCGGCAGAGGGCGCCGAAGACGCGACUGAUUACAAGUUCAUCGGCGACAAAUUACACGAGCUACACGAGGUCCGUGAAACAGAAGUCCAGUUCUCGGUGGGAGAAGCCUUGAGUUGUUUCGCAUGUGGCUGGGAGUCGAAAGCUCUGAUUGCUGAGCUCGAUGUACUACACCCGGAUCAAACACUAGAUCCGUGGGACGCACCAUUACAGACGCCGGCGGGUCCUAAGCGAGAGAGGACCCUAGGCGCAGUCCUAGAAAAGACAUUGAAGGGCUGCCAACAAUCCAAGCCUUCAUUGAGAAAGGCCUCGGUCAUCUGGCUCCUGUGCCUACUCCAAUACUGCGGUCACAAGCCUGAGAUACAGCAAUACCUUGGUCCGUGUCAAGUUGCGUUCAAGAGUUGCCUGUCGGAUCGCGAUGAGGUUGUGCAAGAAGCAGCAUCUCGAGGACUUGGAUUGGUCUACGAGAAGGGGGAUCGUCAGCUCAAAGAUGAUCUUGUUCGAGAUCUGGUGGGCUCUUUCUCUGACAACAAGUCGAAGAUCACCGGUAACGUUACCGAAGACACACAACUCUUUGAGCCAGGCGCACUGCCUACUGGCGAUGGCUCGAUCACAACAUAUAAGGAUAUAUUGAACUUGGCAACUGACGUCGGCGACUCAAGUCUGGUGUAUCGAUUCAUGUCGAUGGCUUCGCACAACUCAAUCUGGUCAAGCAGAGCGGCAUUUGGCCGGUUUGGAUUGAGCAACAUCUUCUCUGACUCUAGUGUUGACGGGUAUCUGGCGGAAAAUCCCAAGCUCUACCCUAAGCUAUUCAGAUACAGAUUCGAUCCUAACACCAACGUUCAGCGAUCCAUGAACGACAUUUGGAACUCUUUGGUCAAGGACUCUUCCGCUACCAUUGACAAGCACUUUGAUGCAAUCAUGGACGAUCUGCUCGCUAGUAUCCUAGGUAAGGAGUGGCGUGUACGUCAGGCCUGCUGCGCAGCCAUUGGAGACUUGAUUCAGGGACGUAGCAUUGACAAGUACGAGAAAUACCUCACUCAGGUAUGGGACAAGUGUUUCAAGGUCCUCGACGACAUCAAGGAGACCGUCCGUGUUGCCGCUGCCUCCCUUGCCCGCGUUCUCACUACUAUCCUCACUCGCAGUCUUGAGGCUGGAGAUGCAUCUGUCAAGUCCGCGACUGCUCAGCUUACGCGCGUCCUUCCUUUCCUCUUCUCGACUUCAGGCCUUGAAUCCUCAGCCGAGGAAGUACGCCUCUUCUCUGUACAGACUUUACUCCAAAUUGUCAAAAAGGCAAACGCCACGACACUGAACCCGCAUGUGCCCGAACUUGUCGAGCGUCUUCUAGGCCUUCUAAGCAGCCUGGAACCAGAAGCCGUCAACUACCUCCACCUCAACGCAAAGAAAUAUAACCUCACCGAGCAAAAGAUCGACGACAUGCGCCUUCAAUCCGUACGCUCCUCCCCCCUCACAGAAUCCAUCGAGCGCUGCCUCGACCUCGCCGACGCCCCCACCAUGGCCCUGCUCGUCCCGCGCAUCGAAGCCGCCAUGAAAUCCGCCGUCGGCCUCCCAAGCAAAGUAGGCUGUUCGCGAGUUCUCGUGACACUAGCUACCCGCCACCGCUUCGUCUUCAACCCCUACGCCGACGCCUUCCUCAAACUUAUCCAGAAGACAAUCCACGACCGCAACGAAACCGUCUCAUCUUCGUACGCUGCAGCGGCGGGCUACCUCGCGCGCCUGGCGUCCGACAAACAACUCCUCGCCACCAUCGGCUUCGCGCAGAAACUCUACUUCGCUGAGGAUGACGCGUCAGAGAAAUCCCGCCUCCUCGCGGGAGACGUGAUUCGCGCUAUCAGCCUGCAUGCCACAGAUCGCUUCACGGAGUUUUCGUCGUCUCUGCUGCCGUUCAUUUACCUGGCUAAGCAUGACAGCGACGAAGCCGUGCGCAAGUUGUUUACAGAGACUUGGGACGACCACGUCGCUGGCCCGCGUAGCGUAUCUUUAUACCUGCAAGAAAUUCUCACCCUGUGUUCACAGCACCUCGACAGUCGCCAGUGGGCAAUCAAGCACACGGCCGCCAAGACUGUCGCCAAUGCCGUACUCGCGAUCACGUCUGCGGUCGGCAGCGAGAAUGUCGACACCGCGGCGGCGAAGAGUAUCUGGCCGGUACUUGAUAAAGCGCUGAGUGGGAAGAGCUGGGAGGGUAAGGAGGUUGUCCUGGAGGGAUUUGUGCGAUUUGUCGAGAGGAGUGAGGGGUGGUGGGGGGAGGAUCAGGGUGUUGUGAGGGAGUUGGAGAAGGUGGCGGUUAGAGAAGCGAAGAGGCAGGAGGGGAAGAAUGAGAAGGUUGUUGAGGGCGUUUUGGCAAAGUUGAGGAAACGCUUGGAGACAUGA